AUGAAAGUAAAAGCAGAGUCCUGUGUCUUCUUUGUGAAUGGAAUGACGGCGGAGCAGGAAUACGAGAUUGCCACUAGACAACUAUCUAAGGCUCAGAAAAAGCCUAUGGGAAGAUUGAAUGGGAGUAGACUCAUACUUAGUGGACGCAAAGCAUUUGAGAAAAGACCCAUGAAAGCUGUGGACCUUGAAUAUGUAGAGACAGAUGAGAAGAUGUUCAACUUGCUCUCGUGCCUGUUAAGGCUUCCUCCUUUCUACAAUUUCAUUCUAAACCUUGAAGAAAGAAGCCAGGACAUAGGGAAGUUCCACAUUACGGGCAGAAUCUCCAAACUCCUCAGCCUAGUGAUGGAAGGCAAGAAGGAAAACGUGAAUGAGCUCUUAAUGGAGCCGGAUUCAAAACUUUAUGAGGAUAUAUAUUCGGAACUCCUCCUGUCCAUCCACCAGGAGCUUUGUGAAUGGUACAAUUUUGAGGAGGACACUUGGAGCACUAUGGACAGAACCCAGGGAAUUAAGCCGAAACUGCUUUACAAAGACUAUUCCCCGAUUGUGGAAAUGUUUCAAGGAAAGGCAGUCUCUAGAGAUAUGCCUCAAGAGAUCUCAUUUGAAAAGAGUAAGAUAUCUCUGAAGGGAUUCUCUAGUAUCCAAGAGGCCUUUGAUUCUAGCCUGAAGGCUGAGAAUAAGAAGAUAACCAAGAAGCCUCAGAUUCUUGUUCUUGUUGUAAAGGACCAGGAGAGUACUGAUCUAUUUAACAACUCAAAAAUAAGCAUUGGGAACUGUAUGUUCUCUCUUUGCUCUUUUAUCACAGAAGACGGAGCUAUGAGCUACUGCUAUGUUAAGAGUGGGGACAAAGAUUGGCAUGGAUACGAAAGUGAUGGAAUAAGAGAUGUCUUGGAAAUGAAGGAUGUCCAUGGAUAUCCAUUAAUGCUGUUCUAUGCACGUAACGAGUAG